CUGCCUGUGGACGCCGCCGAGUAAGCAUCGUUAAAGUCUCCCCUCCCACCGCCGUCAUGUCUAAGUCAGGGUCUCCCAAAGAGCCUGAACAGCUGCGGAAGCUCUUCAUCGGAGGUCUGAGCUUUGAAACAACCGAUGAGAGUCUGAGGAACCAUUUUGAGCAAUGGGGAACACUUACGGACUGUGUGGUAAUGAGAGAUCCGAACACCAAGCGCUCCAGAGACUUUGGGUUUGUCACCUAUGCCACUGUGGAGGAGGUGGAUGCAGCCAUGAAUGCAAGGCCACACAAGGUGGAUGGAAGAGUUGUGGAACCAAAGAGGGCUGUCUCAAGAGAAGAUUCUCAAAGACCUGGUGCCCACUUAACUGUGAAAAAGAUUUUUGUUGGUGUCAUUAAAGAAGACACUGAAGAACAUCAUCUAAGAGAUUAUUUCGAACAGUAUGGGAAAAUCGAAGUGAUUGAGAUCAUGACUGACCAAGGCAGUGGCAAAAAGAGGGGUUUUGCUUUUGUAACAUUUGAUGACCAUGAUUCUGUAGACAAGAUUGUCAUUCAAAAAUACCAUACUGUGAAUGGCCACAACUGUGAAGUAAGGAAAGCACUCUCUAAGCAAGAGAUGGCUAGUGCUUCAUCCAGCCAAAGAGGUCGAAGUGGUUCUGGAAACUUUGGUGGUGGUCGUGGAGGUGGUUUUGGUGGGAAUGACAACUUUGGUCGCGGAGGAAACUUCAGUGGUCGAGGUGGCUUUGGUGGCAGUCGAGGUGGUGGUGGAUAUGGUGGCAGUGGGGAUGGCUAUAACGGAUUUGGUAAUGAUGGAAGCAACUUUGGAGGUGGCGGAAGCUAUAAUGAUUUUGGCAAUUACAACCAUCAAUCCUCAAAUUUUGGACCCAUGAAAGGAGGCAAUUUUGGAGGCAGAAGCUCUGGCCCUUAUGGUGGUGGAGGCCAAUACUUCGCCAAACCACGAAACCAAGGUGGCUAUGGUGGUUCCAGCAGCAGCAGCAGCUAUGGCAGUGCAGAAGGUUUUAAUUACUGCCAGGAAACAAAGCUUAGCAGGAGAGGAGAGCCAGAGAAGUGACAGGGAAGCUACCGGUUACAACAGAUUUGUGAACUCAGCCAAGCACAGUGGUGGCAGGGCCUAGCUGCUACAAAGAAGACAUGUUUUAGACAAUACUCAUGUGUAUGGGCAAAAAAACUCGAGGACUGUAUUUGUGACUAAUUGUAUAACAGGUUAUUUUAGUUUCUGUUCUGUGGAAAGUGUAAAGCAUUCCAACAAAGGGUUUUAAUGUAGAUUUUUUUUUUUUUGCACCCAUGCUGUUGAUUGCUAAAUGU